AUGGCUCCAGGCUGUCCAGGGCCGCCUUCACGUCCGUCAAAAGCCCCGCAGGCUGCUCCUUCUAUCGACUUCGCGCCUGUCUCUUCGCAGCCAUCGUCUCGUCCUGCCCACGCCGUAGGUCCCUCACUUCCGCGACUUUUGCCCUCUGAUCCAGGCGCUCGGGCGCCAGCAUCUCCGCAAAAUCUUCAUCGGCUGGAGGCCUUCCAAAGGGGGACGUCUCCAGCGCCUGCCGAGCUGCGCGAGAUCUCCUCUCCAGACGCAAAAACGCCUCCUGCCUCCCGACAGAUAUUCCACCAAAACGCCCCCUCACAACGUGCAUCGUCUCCUCGCUGUCGCGAUUCUCCGUCCCGGCAUUCUCCCUCCAAGAGUUACUGCGCAGGGGGGCUUCGAGCCUCCCCGCCCGUCGGGUCUGCCGUCGCCUGUGUCUCUUCGACGUCGCGCUUUAUUGCUCCUCACAACUCGUUCCCUGUCGCUCUGCAUGCGUCUAGCCCAGGGCAGCACCGUCCUGCCCAUGGGGGAUCUUCUCCCCCGUCGGAGCUCCCGGGCGAGUCUCCGACCGCGGCUCGGGGCCUGUAUGGAAACCAGCGGAGCGUCGCAGGCCUUGCGGGCGCCCCACCUGCGGAACUCGGGAGGAGCUGUCUCUCUGGGACACAAACUGAUGCGGUGAGACCGAGGACUUCUGGGUCUCCCAGAUCUUUGCCAGACGUCUCGCGGCCGUCCUCUCAGGCGAAAACACUGGGAGUUCUGCCUAGGGGCGAGGCUUCUUGUUCUCGCAGUAUUCUCCAGGAACAAGGAAGACGAAUGGUUCAGUUUGGCGCGGCACUGCGUGCGUCGCCUUUUCUGUGCACUACUGGGUCUGCUGGAACGGGGCGUGAGAAGGCGGAUUCGCAGAACGUAUCUUCUCUCAGCCCUCUGCCUCCCUCUGAUAUCGCUGCUUCUCGCCUCUCGACCUGUCUCCGAACAGCAUCCCCGAUGGAGACAGCCUGUGGGCUGCAGGUACAACCAGAGGGGAUAGAGACAGAAGCUGAAGGCGGAGAUCGCGCGCUGCACCCGAAAAGUCCUGAUCGGCGACGCCCUGGGUCGGAGCUUUGCUCAGAGUCGCGCGACCGCGACAAAUCUCUGCAAGGCUACAGUCAGGGCGAGACUUCGCCUGUAGCUCGAGUGGAAAAUGAAGGAAGCAUCGUCGCCCAGACCCUAAGAAAUGCGUCGCUCUUUGGCGCGUACUCCCACCGAUCGUACUACUACGACAUGGGGGCGCUCUCGAUGCGGCACUCAUCGUCUCCUCCACGCCGUCACGAGUCUCCGGGGACUGUCUCUUCGCCCGCCAGGAGGCCUUCGGUCUCUUCGACGGGAACCUUGUGUUCUGCUCGCCCAACACGCACAUCGCCAGCUGCGGUUCUGGCCGAGUCCGUGCGGCGACUGCCUCCAAUCGCGGGUCGCAAACCCUCUAAUUCUCAGCCGUCUCUUCCGCCGCGCGCUUCUCGCCUGGGUCCCUCACCGCAAGGCCGAGGCCCGCCGCGAGGCGCGGUGUACCCGAAGCAGAGACAGUCGAGCCCGAAGCAGAGACAGUCGGGCCCGAAGCAGAGACAGUCGGGCCCGAAGCAGAGACAGUCGGACCCGAAGCCGCCGCUGCGUGCCGGCGGAGGGGUCGGCAGCUCAGCGGCGAAGGCCGAAGAAGGCGAGGGGUCGGGAGUCCCCACGAAGCGCGCGGGGCCUCUAGGCCCGCCGCAGUGUCAGAAGGCCCCCCAAAAGGUCGAACUCCCCUCGUACCUCCCGACUCUGUGUUCGAUCUACCUGGAGGGGAACUCAGACAGCGCGCGCGCGGCUGUGACCACCAGCCGGCUUCUGGAAGAGGCGGGUGACGCGUCACAGGGGUCGGCGCUCGGGUCUGGACAGGAACAUUUGACAGCGACGACCGCGACGGAGCUGUCGACGGGCGGGGCGUCCGUGGUCCCCGAUCUCUUGUACCGCGCGGAGGCCGUCUUGGGCGCGGAGUGUCAGGCCGAGACGCAGCGCGUAGGACAGAGUGAGGAGGCGCUCAGGCGCGUGGUGACUGGCGAGGAUGCGAUCGCUUUCUUCGCGCGGUACGGCGCGACAACGAGCACGAAGUUCCUUUACUGCAACCGGCGAAAGAGCGACGCAGAAGACCAGUACAGUCUCCUCGUGGUUCCUGAGAAGGAGGCGGAGCCCGAACACUUCACGAUUUCCUCGACAGGCAUCGUCCACAUUUGCCCUGGCCGCCCCUCGGAGUUCAUGACGCUCUCCGACUUCUCGCACCAGGCCUUUGCGUUUUCAGUGCUGCGCUCCAUGCUCUUCUUCAGGACGUUCUUGCCGCGAAAACUGCUUUCCCUCUGGAGAGACAGCGUCCGGAGACUCCUUUACCGCCGCCAGAGAGCGCGCCUCGGGCGCCGGCUCUUCCUCGCGAAACCUGGAUUUGCGGACCACUUGCUGGAGAUUCUCGGCAUCCUGGCGGAACUCAGAAACGUGCCUCUGAUUCAGGUCCCGGGUCCAGGUGCGCUGUUUGACCUGGCGGCUUUCACAGCGCUUCAGACAGCGACGCGUUCGGACGUGAAGACGGGGGCGGUGCGGGCGUUUGAAGCGAAGCAGCAGCGUGUGCAUCAGACGCUGCAGAAGUUGAUGGCGCGACUUCACGAAGCGACGCUGCUGCCUGAGGAAGAUCCUCUCGAGCGGCCUUCAGUGAAUCGGAGCAAAAGCAUGGUUCAGGAGAGCGAGGAGGCUCGGGAGCGCGCGCGCCUCCUACGAAUGGCCUUCGCAGACGAGGCGUUGUUUGGGGACUUUGUGAAACUCGUGGACUCGGUCUUGGCGGUGCGGCUGGUGGACGCGGUGACCACCGCAGUGCUGCAUCUCCGAGAGCGUUUGCAAGAGGAAAGCACAUGCAGCAAGUGGUUCCGAGUCCAAGUCGAGUUCGGCGACACGCGCGUCGAGUUCGCACCGAACCUCGAGCAGUUUCAGGGAGCGCUUCGCGAACUCUGGGAUGGCACGGUGGGCGUCGCGGCGGGAGUUCCGUUUUUCGCGGCGAGUCGGCUUUACGAGGACUUUGUCGCGCUUCGCGGUCGCCACUCGGUCGAGCAGCUCCUGCAGACUUGCUCGGCGUUUCUGACGACCCGCGACGACGUCGAGCGACGCCUCGCGCGCGACUUUGACCGCGCGCGCCGCUACGCAGACUCGUACUUUGCGAUCUACCGGGAGAUCUACGACUACGGCCGCGAGUGGAACGAGGCUGCAGUCUGCGCCUCGCUGCGGUCGCACGACGAACUGAGCAACGAACUGGAGACGAUUCGCGACUUCCAAGGCCGGCUCGAGAAACUGAAUCCGACACAUGUCGUCGGACUCUUCUCCAUCCAGGCGCACGACCUGAAAGCCGCGCUGAGCCCACCGACGGAGAACGCCCUGGCGGCGCUCAAGCGGCUGCUGCUUCAGCGGACGCGCGAGCACUUGCGCGACACAGUCGCGCGGUACGGGCGGACGAACGCAGCGCUCGACGCGCGGCCCACGAAGCUCCUUCCCUUUGCCGAGUUCGUCAAAACCUACAAAUGGACUCGAAGCCAGAUCGAGGAGCUGGACCACGCUCAGGCGACGGCAGAAGACAUGUUUCAGCUCCUCAAGCAGUACGAGGUGCGUGUCGCGGUGGAGGACUCGAUCCUGCUGGAGAGCUUGAACAAGGCCGCGGCGCUGUUCGAAAAAGAGAAGCUCUUGGGAGCUGCAGAGCACAUUCGCAAACACCUGGAUGCGAUGCUCGCGGAGUUGAAGCAGGAGAGCGCGCAAGUCGAGCAGGAGACUCAGGCGAUAUCGCGAGCGCUGUCCGAAGAGCAGUUCCAGAACGUGAAGCUGAUGGAUUCGGCGCUCGCCGUGCUCGAGGCGCUCCAUUCGUACGACCGUCAGAUUUGCGACCUCGACGCGAAGGCCUCGACUCUGCAGCAGACGCAGAAGCUGCUGAGUCCCGAUGGCGCGUUCGUCUUCAGACACACGGAGGCGGCUAAGCGCCUCGUGCGGCCGAAGCUGAAGCUGUGGACCAGUGUGUAUGAGUUGCAGGCCGCGACGGCAGAGUGGACAGCGACGCCCGUAUCGGAGUUGAACGGCGAGGAACUCCAGAGCCGCGUCAAAGCCUUCGCAACCGCUCUUCAGUUCCGCGAGGCGGAACUUCCCUCAGACCCCGUCGUCGAGGCUUUGAGAGAUCGCGUGGAGGCGUGGAUCGCGCGGCUGCCGACUGUCCUGGACCUGAACAAUCCGGCGCUGAAGCCGAGGCACUGGACGCAGAUCUUCCGCGCGCUAAGCCUCCAAAGCGAAUCCCCGGCGCCCCUCCCGCUCGGCCAGCUCGAAGCCGCUGGCGUUUUUUCACACGCCGAGUUGAUCGCAGAGGUCGCGUCUCGAGCCUCCGCAGAGGGCGCGCUGGAGGCGACGCUCGAGCGCAUUCGCGAGACGCUCGAAGAGACGAACUUCGCGACCAAGCCGCUCGUGGACAAUCCGGACUGCUUUCUCCUGGACGACUUGAGCGAGGUGACCGCACAACUCGAAGAACACGGCGCCGCGCUUCAGUCGAUGCUCUUCUCACCCUUCGUGACGGACCUGCGCGCGCAGGUCGAGGCCUGGAAGGCGAAGGUCGACCUCACCGGCGAGGUCCUCAGAGAGAUGGUGACCUUCCAGCGAGCGUGGGUGACGUUCGAGGGGGUCUUUGCGAGUGGCGAGAUGGAGCAGUGGCUUCCCAGGGAAGCGGCGGCCUUCAGGCAAAUGAACGAGUUCUGGGCAGACACCAUGCGCCGCGUGCGGACCGAGUCCGCGAACGUCGUAGCCACCACCGCGCGCCCCGGAUUCGCGGAAGCUCUCAAACAGUUCAACUUUGUUGUUGGGCGCGUCCAACAGAGUCUCGCAGCCUACCUCGAGACGAAACGCGAGGCGUUCCCGCGCUUUUACUUCUUGUCUGAUGAGGAAGUCUUGAAAGCGCUCGCGGCGAGGUCCCUAGAGAGGCUGCAGGGCCUUCUGCCCAAGUGUUUCGACGGUGUCCAGCGAGUCGUCUUCACCGCUGCCACAGGGACCAUGCCGACAUAUGCUUUCCAGUCGACAUCUUCGCUUUCUUCCUUCCAGAGAACUUCUUCCGCCUCGCUCUUCUUCAGGACCCAAUCGCGGCGGAACUCUGUCUUCCCCUGGCGCGACCACACCCCACACGCCCCCCCCCAGAGGCCCACACAGGCCCUGAGCAGCGACGACCUGGUGACGCCCGAAGGAGACAGUGGGGACGCUGGAGACACCCGCGGCAACGGCGCCAGCGGAGACACCGGUCCGUCAGUCGUCGCGAGCGGGAUGAUAUCCGCGGACGGAGAGUUCCUGCAAUUCUGCGAGUUUGUGAAACCCUCAGAAGUUCCUGAAGUGUGUUUUUCGCAAGUGGAGCAAUGCAUGCAGUUUGCCCUCUACUCGCGGCUGCAGGAGGCCUGGCGGAGCUACCCCGCAGGUCUUCUCGCGCCCUCUUCGUCCCUGGCGACUGGGUUGGAGACACGCCCUGAGAGAGACAGUGUGGGGGGCGUCGAGGCGAGGAGGGCAAGUGCGUGGGGAAACGCGAAUUUGGCGAAACAUUACUUAUCUUGGUUGAGGGAGCAUCCCUCCCAAUGUCUCGCGCUGGCCGAUGCACUCGUCUUCACGGCGCAAGUCGAAAGAGCUCUCGACAGAGGCAGACGCGACGAAGUCGGCGAAGGCGAACGGAUCGCGAGAGGAGGCGCUGAAGACUCUGAGGAAAGCGACGAGAAAAACAGAGAAAGAAGAACCAGCCAAACACCAAACAAAGGUGCGACAAGACGACCGGAGACACUCGCUGCAUGCAGAGCGACAGUCGAAGAUAACAUUGCCAGGCUCGUAGCGUUUCAGCGCCGUAAAGAUUUCCCGCUGAAGAAAGCGCAUGCAGAGGCGCUCGUUGUGCAGUGCGUCCAUCGGAGAGACGUAGUCGCGAGUUUGGAGGCUGCCAGGUGCCCUUCGUCUUCCGCGUUCGAAUGGCAGAAACAUCUGCGGUAUUACUGGAGUGAAGAAGUCGCAGACUGCUUCGUUCUUCAGCAUGACAUGACCUUUCAAUAUGCGUAUGAACUGUCGGAGAGCCCGCGUCGCCUGGUUAUUACGCCUCUGACAGAAAAAUGUUUUUUGACCCUGACGGGAGCCUUGCGCCUGUCGUACGGCGGUGCCCUCAGUGGGCCUGCAGGGACCGGUAAAACGGAGACGGUUAAAGACCUCGCGAAAGCCGUGGGUGUCGCUUGUGUAGUCUUCAACUGUUCCGCGGACUUUGACUGCAACUUGACGGCGCGGCUGUUCAGCGGCCUCGCGCAGACGGGCGCUUGGUCUUGCUUGGACGAAUUCAACAGAAUGGACGUGGAGGUCCUGUCUGUCGUGGCUCAGCAAAUGCGUAGUGUACAGACAGCCGCGCACGCAGGCCUCGAAGAAUUCGAGUUCGAGGGCAGAGAGAUUCGCCUGAACAAACGGUUCGCAGUUUUCGCUUCGAUGAAUCCAGACUACUCAGGACGUUCAGACCUUCCCGAAAACCUGAAAUCGCUUUUCCGCCCCGUGGCGAUGGUGGCGCCCGACCUCGCGCGAAUUGCAGAAGUAACUCUGUUUGCCAGUGGCUUCCGAACCGCCGAAAGUCUGGCGAAAAAGCUUGUGACCGUGUUCGAGGCAGCGGCGACGCAGCUGAGCCAGCAGCCUCACUACGACUUCGACAUGCGGACAGUGAAGUCGGUCCUCGCGCGCGCAGCGUCUCUGAAGGAGAAGAGCUGGAAUUCAUCAGACGAGGAGUUUCUUCUGCUCACGGCUUUGAAAGCAGCGACUCUCCCCAGACUCGUGGAGGCAGAUGAAACACCGUUUUUAGGUCUUCUCGCAGACGCGUUUCCAGACAGUUCAGUCGCAUCUGCGCAGUCUCUCCAACUGAAGAAGGCGAUUGAAGCGGAAAUGCGAAAAAGAGACAUGCUUGUCACAGAGAAAAUGGUGGCGAAAGCCAUGCAACUGCACGAGACGCAAAACGCGCGAACUGGCGUCAUGCUGGUGGGGGCUCCUGGGACAGGGAAGACUUCAUGUAUUUCUGUGUUGGCGGCGGCGACGACGGAGGCGCAAGAGAGCGAGAGACAGAGGCUCUCCACUGGCAAGGGCUGUGCACCCACGCGCAUUGUCAGAAUCAGUCCAAAGGCUCUGGAUCUCGCUGCUCUCUUCGGAGAAGCAAACGAGGCGACGAACGAAUGGGCAGACGGACUGAUCGGACUCGAAGUCCGGAGAGCGGCGCAAGAGCCUGGGCGCAAGUGGCUUGUCUUCGACGGCCCAGUCGAUGCCUCGUGGGCAGAAAAUCUGAACUCCGCGCUCGACGACAACCAAGUCCUUUGUCUCGCCAGUGGAGAGAGGACAAAGAUCUCCCCCGCCCUCACUUUCAUGUUCGAAACCGAUAGUGCAGCCAGCGCCUCUCCCGCGACGAUCAGUCGCUGCGGCAUCGUUUUCUUCGAAAACAAAGAGAGGAGAGAAGUCGAGGCUGUCGUCCAUUCGUGGGCGCAACAUCUUGAGAGGAAGUUCCCACAGGCGAGCAACUUGCGUCGCUGGACUCUCGAAAUUUGCAGAGAGGCUCUCCCUUUCAUCGAAAAGGAGUGCACGGAGGCAGUGCCCUCUCUGGACGCCACGCUCGUCUCGACGGUGUGCAACUUGACGUCAGCUUGCCUGCUCGACGAACGCGUUUUCUCCGGCGAAGACGAACAGAGAGAAGCGCUUCUCGCGGCGAUGUUCUGGACGUCCGCAGUCGUUUGGGGUCUGGGCGGACACUUGGCGGAGGAAGGCCGCGCAAAACUCUCCCGCUUUCUCCUCCCGCGGCUGCGAGCCAAGUGCGCAGAAGUCGGAGAACUCGGCGAGAACGUCGACCUAUUUGCGGUGUACGUACACCCCGAGAGCCUCAGCUUCGCGCCCCUGAGCUCUCUCCUCACGCCCCGCCUCCCACCCACUCCUCGAUCGAUUUCAGGAAAAGACAACAGGAGCGAAGCCGCAAGAGAAGGAGAAGAAGGAGACGACGCGGGAGAAGAAACUUCGGAGCAGCGCGACGAGGAGGCGCGACGAAGGGGGCGCCCAACCAGGGAAGGUUUCAAAUGGGAGAUCUGCGGCCAGAGCCUCUACGAAAUUUUCAUUCCCACAGAACAAACAGUCGCGGAGAAGAUCUUCCUCGACCAAUUGUUUUCUGUGAACAAGAGCUGCUUUAUGUGUGGGGAAACCGGGGCGGGGAAGACGGCAAGCGUUUCCGCGUAUCUUCGCGAGUUGCCUCACGAGGUAGGAAGCACCACGCUGCGGCUGACAGGGAAAACGAGGUCGAGCGCUUUGCAGGCGCUGCUGCAGAGAAGCCUGGUGAGGAAUGGUCGCGCGUCGCUCGGUCCUCCGGCGGACCGGACGCAAGUCCUUCUUCUCCUCGACGACGUCAACAUGCCGUCCCCCGAUUUCUCUGGAGAGCAGAGGCCUCUCGAGUUUCUGAGAUACCUUCUCGACACCGGCAGAUUCUACGAUCCGGAGCCCCUCGCCUUCAAAUCUGUGCGCGACACAAACUUCCUCUUGGUCGCAGCGCCUCCUCACGGCGGAAGACCGAACGUCUCGAGAAGGCUGCUUCGGCAGAUGGCAACGCUGUGGCACUGCCGGUGGAAUUUCGAGUCCCUGGACGUCGUCUUUGGUUCCCUGCUUCGGGAGUGGAUGACGCAGGCGCUUCCGACUUUCGGCGACUUGCAGGAGAAGCUUGUAAAUCUCACUCUGCACUCGUUUCUGAAAAUUCCUUCCCUGCUUCUCCCAACCCCACACAGCCCCCACUACACCUGGGACCUACGCGACCUCGCUCAUGUGCUUCAAGGCUGCAUGCAGGCCACAAAAGAAACCGUCACCGAUGCGGCGACGCUGAUCAAGUUGUGGCACCACGAAGUGUGCCGUCGAUUCGAAGACUGCUUGAUCGGGGCUUCAGAUCGCCUUCGUCUCCAGGACUUUCUGUCGAGGCAAAUCGGUCGACACUUGAGUCUUUCUCCCACAGAUCCCUUAGACUCCAGUUCUGUUUUCACGGCGUUGUCGAGCGUCGGGAAGCUGCAGGCGCCCUACAGGCCCGUGGAUGGCGAAGGAUCGGAAAUCGAGGAAGCCUGCAUGCGAGCUCUGGCGGAGUAUCAGCUCACAACGCCUCUGUCGCCCCAUGCGAAGCCUCUGUCGCAUUUCGUCUUCUUUGCCGACGCCAGAAAGCACCUUCUAAGGCUCUGUCGAAUUCUCUCUCUACCUUGCGGCAACGCGCUUCUGCUCGGCGUCGACGGCUGCGGCCGACAGAGCUUAGCGCAUCUCGCCGCCCACAUCGCCGAGACGCCACUCUACUCGAUACGCGCGAGCAGUCGGUACAGUCCCGCAGACUUCCGAGAAGACCUGAAGCGCGUUCUCCGAAGCCUCGCAGCCGACGGAAAGCCGAUCGUCUUCUUGCUCGCAGACUCGCAGAUUCGCGACGAACAGUUUCUCGAAGACCUCGUCAGUCUCAUGGUCGCAGGCGAAGUUCCGGACUUGUUCGACUCAACGGAAGAAGAACAACUUCUGCAUGCGCUGCGCCGCCUCGGACCCGCUCCCGCCACGGCAGAGGCCGCCUGGGCGCCCCGGUCGCGCUUCGCUCAACUUGUGCGUGAGCGUUUCCACGUCGUCCUCGCCAUUUCGCCUGUCGGCCCUUCCCUCAGGUCCCGCUGCCGUCAGUUCCCUGGACUCCGAAGCUGCACCACUAUCGACUACUUCGAUGCAUGGCCAAGGGAGGCUUUGCUCUGCGUCGCCAGACAUUUCUGUAGCGCGCAGCCGGACCUCAUUGCCCCCGACAAUAUCUCCACACUUAGCGCAGUCUCUGCCGAUUUCCACGCCUACGCGGUGGCGGCACAGGCGGCGUUUUACGAGGAGACAGGACGUCGGGUGUACACGACAGGAAGCAGCUUCGUGGACUUUCUGCAAUGCUAUCUUCACCUUCUGGAUACUGAGAGGGCCGCCAUUCAGGAGAGAACGCGCCACUACCGCAGAGGCAUCUCCCGCCUGGAAGCGACGACGAAGCUGGUUGAGCAGCUGAGGGUGGAUCUGCUCAAGUCUCAACCUGUCCUGGAGAAAUCGACUCGUGAUACUCAGCAGUUGAUGGCUUCCCUUGAGCGCGACCGCCAGCGAGCAGACGAAGCGGAACGCGUAUGCGCCGCAGAGAGGCUCGCGGCGGCUGCGGCGCGGCGUGAGGCACAGGGCAUCAAAAGCGACUGCGAAGCCGAGAUAAGUCGCGUGCUGCCGGAGCUCGGUGCUGCGCUGAAGGCCUUGGACGCUCUUGACAAGAAAGACAUUCAGGAGCUAAAGUCGUUCCCGAAUCCGCCUGCGUUGGUUGAGACAGUGCUUCAGGCGGUCUGUCUGCUGAAGGGUCGAAAGCCUACUUGGGAGGAAGCGAAGAAACUCUUGAACGACACAACGCUGCUGCAGCAACUUCGCGAGUAUGACCGCGACCAUGUGCCGCCUCGGCUUCUCGCGCAGCUCCAGAAGUUCACCAAAUUGGAAAACUUCACCCCAGAAGAAGUGAAACAGGUUUCCAAGGCCGCCACCUCGCUCUGCAUGUGGGUGUGUGCAAUCGAGCGAUACGCCGUGGUCACGCGUGAGAUGGAGCCCAAGAAAGAGCGGCUUGCUGUCGCCGAGGCCGCGCUCGCAGCCGCUGAAGAGACUCUUGCGGCGAAGCAGGCCGUCUUGCGGGAAGCGCAAGAAGGAAUUCACCAGCUCGAGAAGCGAAUCCUCGACUCCAAAGCGCAUGCAGAGAAACUGCAGACGCAAAUCACCGACACACAAGUCCGACUCGCAAGAGCAGAAAGGCUCAUUUGCGCUGUCUCCACAGAGGCCGCGCGCUGGGCUGAAGAAGCACGCCUUCUCGACCAACGGUCUGAAACGCACUCUGGAGACAUGCUUCUCUCCGCAGGGAUGCUGUCGUACGCCGGCCCGCUUACGGGUGCGUGCCGCAAGAGUUUGCUGGAUCAGUGGAUAGGCAAGUGUGCCGAGGCGCUGAAAGUGUCUGCUCCUUUCUCUCUUCUCCACGCUCUCUCGAGUCCAGAGGAAGAGAGAGAAUUCGUUCUCCAAGGACUACCGGGGGAUCGCCUGAGUCUCGAAAAUGCAGUCCUUGCAACGCGCUCUGCCCGCCGCCAUCGGUGGCCUCUCCUCGUCGACCCUCAGGGGCAGGCGAGAAAGUGGCUUCGCAACACAUACUCUCUCUGGUCGUGCUCUCCUUCUUCUUCUCCUUCUUCUUCUCCUUCUUCUUCUCUUUCUUCUUCUUCUCUUUCUUCUUCUGCCUCUUCAGGUGGAUUUGGGCCGUGGGGUAGAGCAAGGCAUGCGCUGGGUUUGAGACGAGAGAGGGGGAGACAGGGGGACGCAGGAGCAACGCUUGCGGGCACCGAGAGCUCCUCGAGAGACGCCGAGCGAUUCUCUACGAAUCCGAGACCGUUCUCGCCUCCAGCUUCUUCAGACAGAGGAGGAAAAGAGCAGAUGGCCCAGCCGACCGCCAGAGGGGCAAGGGAAACCGGAGCGCAUUUCCUUGGAGAAGGCGAGGAAAACAGCAAAGGAUUCGACCUCAUGUUGAGAUCUGAUUCGCCGUCCUUCCUGGAUGGUCUCGCAAAUGCCGUCAACAUGGGAGCUCGUAUUCUCGUCGAACUUGCAGAUGACUUCCUCGACCCUGCAGUCGGCCCUUUCCUCGCCCAACCUGUUUCCUCCGCGCCUCUCACGCUUGCAGGGGGGUCAAAGGUCGCGUGGAACCCCCACUUUCGUCUUGUGUUUGUGACGCCGCACGCAACGCCUUCGUUUGGGCCUGCAGUCUAUGCGCGGGUGACAGUUAUCAACUUCGCCAUAACGCCUGCAGGCCUGGAGGAGCAGUUGCUGAUCGAAGCUGUGAAGCAAGAGAAUCCCGAGCUCGAGGAGCAGCGAGACGCCCUUGUCGUCGCAAUCGCAGAAGACACGCGGCGAAAGCAUAAAAUUGAAGAAGACAUUCUGACGCUUCUUGCCGGGGUGACAGGAGACAUUUUGGUGGACGAUCGACUGGUUGAUGUGCUGGCGGCCUCGAAACGCAUGUCGGACGACCUUCGAAAAAGACUGCAGGUUGCCGAGGAAACGACGCUGACACUCGACAGAGCAAGAGACCUCUUUCGAGGGGUUGCAGCGCGCGGAGCUCUUCUGUAUUUUGUGGUUGCUGCUCUGAGUCGCCUCAACGCGGUGUACAGACAGUCGCUGAACGCCUUCCUCAGAGUUUUUAGACACGUUCUAGAAGAGACGCAGGGAGAGAAGGGCAAUGUCGCGCAGCGCGUGACCGUGCUUCAGCGAGAACUGACUCUCCAAGUGUAUCGCAGAACGUGCCAUGGUUUAUUCGAGCGACACAAGUUCUGUUUCGCUUUUCUCCUCGCACUCGCCAUCGACAAACGCGGAGGCGUCGCUUCGAAAGAGGCAUAUGAUUUUCUUGUUCGCGGAUGCCCGGCGAGUGACGAUCUACAUGCGCGCGUGAAGGACGUCGCUCGUGAUCGUCGUGCAAGUUGGCUAACAGAGCAGAAGUUACAGCAACUCGUUUUCCUCGACAGCCUCGGAGGGAGCUUCGCAGGUCUGCUGCAUGCCGUGCUCGCCACUCCGGAAGCCUGGCAGCGCUUCGUCGACUCGGAUUUCGACUUCUCUUCUUCUCUCCCCGACGGGUUCGAAGAGACGCUCACUCCCUUCCAGGCCUUGCUGCUCACGAAAGCGCUUAGACCAGAGGAACUCGUGCUUGCAGCUCGGAAGUAUGUGGCCAGUCAGCUGGGAGCGGAGUUCAUCGAGCCUCCGCCGCGCUCGCUCAGCGAGGUGUAUCGCGAUUCGAGCGCGUGCACACCGAUAUUGUUUCUUCUUUCGUCUGGUGUCGACCCGACGGAGGAAAUCAAUCGCCUCGCAGACGAACUCGGCGCAGGUCGCGAAGACGUUCACUUCGUUUCCCUCGGCCAAGGUCAAGGCGCCAGAGCCGCUGCCCUCGUAGACGCAGCCAGAGAAACGGGCGAGUGGGUCUGUCUCCAAAACUGCCACCUCGCCCCCUCGUUCAUGCCGACCCUUCAGAGACUCCACGAAGAACUUUGUGCAGGUUCUGUCCACCAAAACUUCCGGCUCUUUCUCACCUCGAUGCCUUGCCAAACAUUCCCGCUGUCGCUGCUUGAAUCGACUAUCAAAAUUACCAGCGAACCGCCAGCCGGCAUCAAGGCGAAUCUUCUGCGCAUCUACGCCGAGCGAGAAGACAGCGAAGAUCCGGAGUUGAGGCAACUGGAACAACGAAGAGAUUUCCAGAGACUCUUUUUCGGCCUGGCGCUCUUCCACGCCGUCGCACUCGAGAGAAGGAAGUUCGGGGCGAUCGGGUGGAACAACGUCUACGACUGGACGCCAUGGGACUGCAUCAUCUCUCAAGUUCAGCUCAUGGGGUCCAUCGCGGAGGUUCCACGAAACCAGACCGGUUUCUCCUUUGACGCGCUGACCUUCUCGACGGCUGCCCUCAACUACGGCGGGAGGGUGACAGACGCGAUGGACCUGCGAGCAGUCGACGCGCUCUUCAGAAGUUUCGUCUCGACCCACACUCUCGAACAAGACUUUCUUCCUUCGCAAACGCCGCUCUACCGUCUGCCAGAUGCCACGAGCUUUGAGGCCUGCCGCCAGGCCAUCGGUCGCUUGCCGCUACAAGACCCGCCAGAAGCCUUUGGCCUCCAUCGCAACGCCAGUCUAAUGCUGAAAGAGCGCGAGGCCCGAGAGCUGCUCUCCUGGAUGUUAUCGAGUAGCCAGUUGAGGUCUUCGGACAGUUCCCGAACGCGGCACAUCUCCGACUCUUCCGCAGUGAAACUCGUGGGCGAUCUGCUAAGUCGCCUUCCGCCUCUCCUCGAUCGACACCAGGCGCAUGCGUCGACUUUUGAGGCAAGCAGAAACAGUGCUACAAAGGCGCCCGAGUUGUCUCCCUUGUCUGUUUUUUUCUCGCACGAAGUCGCCAACUUCAACGCGCUCCUCCACCUCGUUCGGGUCUCGCUACUCGAGGUGCAGCAGGCACUGGCUGGAAACACGCUGAUGUCCGCCGCUGUUGAAGAAACGCAUGACGCGUUGCUUGAGCAACGUGUGCCUCGAGCGUGGACUGCAGCUUCGUACGCCUCAGUGAAGCCCCUCGCAGCCUGGAUCACGGACUUAGCGCAGAGAGUGGAGCACAUCCGAGAGUGGAUUACUCGUGGACCCCCCAAGUCGUUUUGGCUGCCCGCGUACUUCCGUCCAGACGCUCUGCUUGCCGCUGCUAUUCAGACACACGCGAGAAAGCACAAAAUCCCGCUAGACUCGCUCACACUCAAGGCCACCGUGACGAAGGUGAAAACCCCCGAUCAGCUCGGUGCUUCUCCGCCACGAGGCAUUUACAUUCAUGGACUUUUUCUGCAGGGCGCUGGAUGGAACGCCUCAAGUCAAAGGUUGUGUGAGUCAGAACUAGGUGCUUGGUUCGUUCCGAUGCCGGUCAUUCUGCUUGAGCCCACCGGAAACCUGGAAGACCGACGCAACAAGCAAGAGCAUGUCGUUUAUUCAUGUCCUCUUUACAAAACUCCCGAACGCAAGGGAGUGGGCAAUUAUGUCCACUCUCUUGACUUGCCGACAGACCUUCCGCCCGUGCACUGGAUUCUCCGAGGAGUUGCUCUCUUGUGCCAAAACGAAAACAUUUAA